AUGCUGAUAAGUCCAACAACGCACAGCGUGAUUGGGCUGCCUCAACAGGCCCAAGACUCGGCUGCCUCAGUCGGCGUUGGAGCCGUAUGUCCUGAUGCAGCUGUUGCUGGUGGGCCUCAGUUACCCAUCUGGGCACAACCGGACCGUUCUAGUGAACAAGCACCUUUAGGUUCUAUUGAUGACCGAAGCCGUGGGUUAUUUUCCCCGACAGAUGCUCUGACGCGAGCCUUAGCUGGGUUGCGUAGUCAACAUUAUCUUCUUGCUGGACAAAAUCAGCGUCCCUCAGGUCAUGUAGCUGUUGCUGGUCCUGGCGGUCAUAUGUUUGCUCCAGGUCAUGGUGCCGGUUUCGGCCCUGCCGGAGGUGCACCAAUCGGCAACGGAGGUGGCUCACAAGCUAUACCACCCGAAUUCGAUCUUCAUUUGUUUAUCUCACGACGUGAGUAUGAAAAUGGUCGUUGCCUUCUGAUGCGCAACCUUCGUACUAUCCCCAGCCUCUGCAGAUUGGUAGCUGCCUCAAAUUUCUUGCCAAUGAUCGCCUCGCAUCAGCACCACCUACAGACUCAGCACCAUCAUAUGUCUUCUUCAUCACUGCAAUCGCAGCAUUUACAGCAACCUUUGGGGCAUCAUCAUAUCCAUGCUCACCAUGUGGCCCAAUCAGCUCCAAAUCACCUGCAGCUCCCUGUUCAGCCUGUCAAUGCUUAUUCUGGAGCUUCUGUUGCGGGGCAGGUUGGCUCCGGUCUCGUCAGGCAACGUCAUCGAGCCUCAGUCAGCCACCCCUCGCCUGGCCUCCCCCAAUCACCCUAG